AGUAGAAAACCAUAAGAUAAAAACAGUCUCGAGAGGAAACAAAAAUUUGGCAAUCCAUUACGAUCCCUAGAGAAAUCUGCCAAGAACGAGUGAUGUAAAGAACUCAACCAUGUGGUGUCUGAGACUGUGUGACCAGUGGCGGAGGCUUGUAUGGGCUGAGGUGGGCCAUGGCCCACCCCCAAAUAUUGGGAAAUUACGAAAAUACCCUCAGCUUAUUUUGUUUUUCCAAGUGACCCACAGCAUUCUCACUUCAGACUUUUCCCCUUCCACUUCCUCUGUUACAGCACACACUUCUUCUCAUUCUUUGAAGCGCGACUGCCACACUUCUUCCCCUUCCGCCGCGCGACCGCCGCACUUCUUCCCCUUCCGACCGCGUGACCGCCGGCACUUCUUCCCCUUCCGACCGCCGGCACUCCCUUCUCUCUCAUUCAAAAAAGAUCAAACAAAAACCCUUUUUCUUUUCACUCUGUUUUUCCUAUCCAAAUGGAAAGAAAAGUUAAGAAGAAGAAGAGUGUAACACUUGAUCAUUUUUAUAAGAAGAGAGCUUGUGAGAGUGAAAGAGAUGAACAAGGAAUGACUCCUCCAUCUCAACCUAUUAAAGUUUCAAGAAUUGAAGAAGACAUAACUCAUAUGACUCAACCUGUUGAUGUUCAAAGAAUUGAAGAAUUGCAUAACGCGGGUGAUUUUUUGAAUUCUUUAGAACGUGAUCCUGGAAAGCGUUCCCCAAUAUGGACAUUUCCAGCAAAUCAUGUGGAUGAAAUACGAAGAGCUUAUCUGAAUUGGGGUCCAUAUCAAAUCCAUUUAGAAGAAUAUCCUUUGUCUGGUUUUAGAGGUUGGAAGAGAGUUAGAGAUGGAAAGAAUUGUGCUUUUCUUAAGCACAUUGGGAAGGAUCCUUGCUCACAUCACAACAAUGCAGUGAAAGCUUGUAAUGACUUGUUGAAUCAAAGGGCACACAUUAGACAUGGAUUUCAAAAACAAAGCUCAAGUCAAAUUAUGAAUAACCGACUACGUCUCAAGGCUUCAAUUGAUGUUGUUCGUUGGUUAACACUUCAAGCUUGUGCUUUUAGGGGUCACGACGAAAAGGUUAUAUCAAAAAACCAAGGUGAUCGUGCUUAGUGUGCAGUUGCUUCGUGAGUUGGCCUUGCCUUCACUGUGUCGUCUAGG